ACUUACGCGCUUUAUCGACGCGUGGAGGAUAUCCGAAGUUCUUUUAAUAAUACAAAGAGAGAGAGAGAGAGAGAGAGGCGAAAGAUAGUCUUUACUCUUCAGUGGUGGGUAGAGAGCGAAAGUUAGAGAGAGAGAGAAGAAUAGCACAUGACCUCACUAUCAUUGGGGCCUCAGCCUCCGGCUACUGCUCAGCCGCCGCAGCUUCGCGACGGAGAUGCUUCUAGGCGUCGUUCCGAUAUGGAUACAGACAAGGAUAUGUCUGCUGCUGUGAUAGAGGGAAACGAUGCUGUUACAGGCCACAUCAUUUCUACUACAAUUGGAGGCAAAAACGGUGAACCUAAACAGACCAUUAGUUACAUGGCGGAACGGGUUGUUGGACAAGGAUCAUUCGGAAUCGUGUUCCAGGCCAAGUGCUUGGAAACUGGAGAAUCUGUAGCCAUUAAGAAGGUCUUGCAAGACCGGCGCUACAAGAAUCGUGAGCUGCAGUUGAUGCGACUAAUGGACCACCCAAAUGUGGUUUCCUUGAAGCAUUGUUUCUUCUCUACUACGAGUAGAGAUGAGCUCUUCCUCAAUCUCGUUAUGGAGUAUGUACCCGAGACUUUGUACCGGGUUCUGAAGCACUAUACUAGUUCAAGCCAGAGAAUGCCUAUUUUCUAUGUCAAACUCUACACAUACCAAAUCUUCAGAGGCUUGGCUUAUAUCCAUACUGUUCCUGGUGUCUGUCACAGAGAUGUGAAACCACAAAAUCUUUUGGUUGAUCCCCUUACUCAUCAGUGUAAGCUGUGUGAUUUUGGAAGUGCAAAAGUAUUGGUGAAAGGUGAAGCAAACAUAUCAUACAUCUGCUCUCGGUAUUACCGAGCUCCAGAGCUGAUCUUUGGGGCCACAGAGUAUACAUCCUCCAUAGACAUAUGGUCUGCUGGUUGUGUUUUGGCAGAGCUCCUUCUUGGCCAGCCGUUGUUCCCGGGAGAAAAUUCUGUGGACCAGCUGGUGGAGAUCAUCAAGGUUCUUGGUACUCCAACCCGAGAAGAAAUCCGAUGCAUGAAUCCAAACUACACAGACUUCAGAUUCCCGCAAAUCAAAGCACACCCGUGGCAUAAGGUUUUCCAUAAGAGGAUGCCUCCUGAAGCCAUUGACCUCGCAUCUCGGCUUCUUCAGUAUUCACCGAGCCUGCGUUACACUGCGCUUGAAGCAUGUGCACAUCCGUUUUUCAAUGAACUCCGUGAGCCCAAUGCUCGUCUUCCAAACGGCCGACCUCUACCAGCCUUGUUCAACUUCAAACAAGAGUUAGCUGGGGCUUCACCAGAGCUGAUAAACAGGCUCAUACCGGAGCACAUAAGGCGACAGAUGAGUGGAGGCUUCCCAUCACAGCCUGGUCAUUAGAAAAGGAAUAUGGAAACUGAGAUGCUUUUGCGGAGCAAAUGCCUUGUGGAAAAGAGGAGAGAAGAUUUUACUUGUCUCUGAUUUUUCAGUGGGUUUAACUAAAAUAUCAGCUUAUGAGUAGAGAGAUGAUUGGCCAAUUAAGCUUUUUGAGAAAUCAGGAAGUGAUGAUGAUUGUGUCUAUUAUACAUUCUCUCUCUCUCUUUUUAUGUUAUAAUUCGCUUUUGACUUGUAGAGAGAUACCUUUUUCUCGUUGUAUUAUUUGUAUAUGUUUUUGUUCGUAAGACAGCAAACCGCGAUGAUGGAAGAAUGGAAUGAACGAUGUCUAAAACUUAA